AGGAAGGGACACUUCCGCCCCGCAGGAGCAUGGCGGCCGGGCGCCACUGCGCAUGAGCGGCCGCCCAUGGAGGAGCGCAGGGCUGCGCUGCUACAGCGCGAUCGGGAGAAAGCGGGGACGCUCGGCCCGGGUGUUUCAGGCGGGGCCCUGAGGUGAAAGACACAGAGACCCCCGGCCGAAGAGCCAGAGAGACUCCUCGGAUGUCCCCGCCGGCAGAGACAUGAAGGGGCAGCAGAAAGCCACCGAAACAGAAGAAGGGACGGUCCAGAUCCAGGAAGGCGCGGUGGCGACCGGAGAGGACCCGACCAGCGUGGCCAUCGCCAGUAUCCAGUCGGCCACCACCUUCCCCGAUCCCAACGUCAAGUAUGUCUUCCGCACAGAGAACGGGGGAGCCCAGGUGAUGUAUCGGGUGAUCCAGGUGGCCGAGGGCCAGCUGGACGGCCAGACGGAGGGCGCCGGGGCCAUCAGCGGCUACCCCGCCGGUCAGUCCAUGACCCAGGCGGUGAUCCAGGGCGCGUUCACCAGCGAGGACGCGGUGGAGACGGAUGGGGCGGCGGCGGCGGAGACGCAUUACACGUACUUCCCCGGCUCGGCCGUCGGGGACGGCGGGGCGGUGGCCGGGACGGCCGCGGCGGGGGCCGGGGCCGCCACCGUCGUCACCGCCCAGGGCUCCGAGGGCCUGCUGGGACAGGCCACCCCCCCCGGCACCGGACAAUUCUUCGUGAUGAUGUCACCGCAGGAAGUGCUGCAGGGGGGCACCCAGCGCUCCAUCGCUCCCCGGACACACCCCUACUCCCCGAAGUCGGAAGCGCCCCGGACGACACGCGAUGAGAAGCGACGGGCCCAGCACAACGAGGUGGAACGCCGGCGUCGGGAUAAAAUCAACAACUGGAUCGUGCAGCUGUCGAAGAUCAUCCCCGACUGCUCCAUGGAGAACACCAAGUCGGGCCAGAGUAAAGGCGGGAUCCUGUCCAAGGCCUGCGACUACAUCCAGGAGCUCCGGCAGAGCAACCACCGGCUGUCCGAGGAGCUGCAGGGGCUGGACCAGCUGCAGCUGGACAACAAAGUCCUCAGGCAGCAGGUGGACGACUUAAAGAACAAAAACCUCCUGCUCCGGGCCCAGCUGCGACAUCACGGAGUGGAAGUGGUCAUCAAGAACGACGCCAACUGAACUGGGACCGCUCCCUGCCCCCCCCCGGCCCGCCCCCUUCAG